GUUCCUGGCAGUGCCCCCUGUGUCCCCAGGACCACGGUGCUGCAGAGCAUGAAGCUGGGCGUGGACGUCAACCGGCACAAGGAGAUCAUCGUCAAGGCCAUCUCUGCCGUGCUGCUGCUCCUGCUCAAGCACUUCAAGCUCAACCACAUCUACCAGUUCGAGUACAUGGCCCAGCACCUGGUCUUUGCCAACUGCAUCCCGCUCAUCCUCAAGUUCUUCAACCAGAACAUCAUGUCCUACAUCACUGCCAAGAACAGGUGGGGGGUGGAUGCUCCCCUGCAUCCCUGGGGGCUGUGGGAAAGGGGCCCUGCUUCCUCUCCCCUCUGGAGCCCCUCCCUGGGCACAGGCACGGUGGGAAGUGCCCACCACGGACAGUCUCCA